UAUUGUACAGAACAGUAGUUCUUCUGAAAGUUAGAAGGUUUCCCUUUGAUUUUGGGGAUGGAGAUGGAGCGAUAUCUGCUGGAGAAAUUCAGCAAGAAUCUUGCCGAGAAUCCGACUGUCCAUUGGCAUAACCGGUUUUCUAAACUGAAGGAUUUAAUUGAACAACUCAUCGCAUCCUCGCCGUCUCCGGGGAACGAUGCGGCCAUCAGGGAAAAGCUUUACCGCCUCAACAAUCUGUUUGCCGAAUGCCGGAUGCUGUCAUAUUCAUGCAGGUUCCUUCCAGAUCUACCGGCCCUCUAUAAUAUCAAGACAAAUUUGAAUAAGAUCAAGGAGGAGCUCAAGGAGGAGCUCACAAAGAGGCUCAAAGAUGGAGCAGAUGUUAAUGGAACCGCCGGUUCUCCAACCGAGCACGGCCAAGCAGGGCAGUCAGAUGAAGGGGAAACUCUCCGAGAGACUACGAAGUAUGUGGAUGCAUCCAAGGUUCACGGAUUCGAAGCCGAAGUGAUGUCCCUGCUGAAAUUACUUGUAUAUCAACGAGGUGAUGAGGGUGAUGGGUUUAAGGCGAUCGGAGUUGUGGGUAAAGAAGGGAUCGGGAAAACCACGCUCUGCCAAGUGUUUCUCAAUCAGCCGGAGGUAAAGAAAUAUUUCCAGCCAAGGAUUUGGGUGUUCAUGGGAGGAUUGCCCCAGGAGGAGAGAGAUAAAAAGGUAAGAAUCGUCGAGAAAACGUUGGACUGCCUUGGACUUGAAGAAGAGAUCAUCAAAUCCAUCUCUACAAGCAACGACCUUCAACUUCAAGAGCUAAUUCAUGCUCUUCACCUGCAAUUAGUCCGGAAAAGGUACCUGAUCGUGUUCGAUGCCGUGGACGAUGCCGUGGGCGAGGCUGAUGAUUGGUACGGACUAUUAAAUUCCCCCACUAUUGAUGAUAAAGGGAAACUGACAGCUGAUUAUCUUGCAAAUGGGUUGCCGAAGGGUUAUGGAGGAACGGUGAUUGUCACAAGCAGGUACGAGGAAGUGGCUAGAAUGAUGGUCGGAGGAGAGGAAAACUUGUACCGGAUGGGUCCGCUUGCGGAUAAAGACAAGUGCUGGAAAAUAUUCAAAGAAGAAGUGCAGAAAGAUGAGGUGGUUCUCAAUGUCCCAAAUGAGGAAGAUCUUAAAAGGGAAGUCAUACAGAAGAGCGCCGGCGUUCCUCUGGCGGCGAAGAUCUUGGGACAGAUAUUGUAUGACCAUGAAAAGAACAAGUCCAAGUCCAACGACCAGAGACAGCAAUCGUGAAUGUUCCAAUAUCUCUGUUGUUACGUUAGAGUUUAUCAAUGAUUUUUUUUUUUUUUUUUUUUUGAGGUUACAUGAGAAAGAUGUGGUGUUCCCUCCUUGUUUCUCUGUUAAUGUUCAUGAAUGAUUUUCUUAAGAGAAGAAAGAAAAUUGAAGUGUUCAG